UCUAGAGGAGAGAAAGAGACAGGUGUUCCUGUUGGCCUCCAACUGCUCUUGCCCAUGCUAAGCAGCCUGGCGAGCUGAGAGUCCGCGUGCUGGCUCAGGGCAGCUUUAGGAGCUGGGUGCUCUUGGCCUUAGGGAGCUAUAAAUAUAGCCCCGCUGGCCGCGUCCCAUGGCCUGCCAGCCUUGUGCAUGUCCUGGAAUCCUCCCUGAGCAGGGACGGCCAUGGGGCUUUCUCGCUGGGUGCACUUCCCUGAGUCCAGCAGCAGCCGUGCAGAGACACUGUGAGUUGCUCCCAGCCCUGCCCUUCACCUUCUCCUGGCCUGGAGGGUGCCCCCUCCCCUGCCCGCCUUGCUCAUGUGUAGCAUCGGCUGCUGCCCCCCGCCCUGCCCCAUGUGCUGCCCCGGCUGCUUCAGGCCACCCUGCCCCACUUGCUACCCGCCUCCUUGCUGCCCCACCUGCUGCCGCCCUUCCUGCUGCUACUGCCCCCCACCUCCCGCCUGCUGCCGCUCGGGGGGCUGCUGCUCCAGCGGCUGCCGGCCCCCGACCCCCUGCUGCCACCCUCGCCCUUCCUGGGGGGCUUCGGCUGCUGCCCUCCUCCUCCUCCUCCCCCUUGCCCAGGCUGCCGCCCCGCUUCACGAUUCUGCGCCCCGUCUUGUUCGGCCUGCCGCAGGCCCGGGACCCGCCUCAGCACCAAGUGAGCCACCCCUGCCCUCCUUCGGAUGCCCGUCUCCUUCGGAUGUCGUCGAAAGCCCAGGCCCCCGUGGGAACAGCCCAACUCGGCCGCCUCCUUGCCCCAAACAACAGUGAGGCAGUAGAUGUGUUAGACCAGCAUCUAGCCUCUGUAAUGGACUGGAUGAGAGCCAAGAAACUGAAGCUCAACCCAGGCUGACAAUCUAAUGGAUAUGCUACAAAAGGAAAAAGGGCUGAGGAGGGUAGAGGAAAACAAACAUUGGAGCAAUGCUCUUUUCUGACACGAAGCACGUAUUCUGCAGCUGCUCCUUCUCUCGCUUGGAUGAGACAGAAUGAUCUUCGCCUUGCUCUUCUGGAAGCCCUACAGCUUCCACAACCCUCUUGUUUAUGGAUUCGGCUGA